GAAUUGACCAAGUGAAUAUUGACUUAACUGCGACUGAGAUGUUCCUCAGAUAUCUUGGUUUGGUUCUGCUGCUUCCCUUUCCUAAGGCAGUAAAUGCGCAAGGCGGGACAGGGCCAUGUAAUCCACCUACAUUGAAAGGUGGUUACUUUUAUCCCCAACAAGUGAGUUAUAGACAUGGAUCACAGAUCACGUAUGCCUGCGAUGAAGGACGUAAACCAGUGGUGGAAGGGUGGUGGGCCACAAUCAAAUGUCAAAAUGGUGAAUGGUCACAUGAGCCACAGUGUAUAGAUGUUCCCGUACAUCCUCAUUCACGUGAUGAGACGAGGCCCAUGAUUAUACCAGUUGUAAAUUGUGGACAAAUCCCAACAAUUUCAUACGGAGUUGUGAAACGUCAAAAAAUGUUCCUGGAAUACCAAUGUGAUAAUUUUCACAAACUUGUCGGCGAACCAAGAGUGACGUGUUAUAAUAAUCGGUCAUGGUCACCGACUCCCACUUGUCAAGAUGCUUUCUGUGUUGUGAACACUGCUGGCAUCUAUGGGGUAAAACCUCCCCAUAAAGAUGUAUAUUUAACAGAAGGCGAAGCGAAAUAUCUGGAAUGCAUUAUGGUGGAUUACGCCCGUAAUCCUUAUUAUGCUAUGAUUCAGUGCGAAAAUGGGGUACAGAGAACACAGAGGUGUUGUUCGAACUGGGACAGACGAUUGAAUCGUUGCGGUUAAAGCUGAAGCAUCAGAGGCAAGCAGAAAGAAAUGUCAACAAGAAGACUUGAAGUAAUCCCUCCUGAAAAGUAACUGUAUGCCGACCACUUUGUCACAACUUUUACAGUUUUUAGCUCUGGGUCUUAUUCAUUUUGCUCACCAUCACUUUAACCUAUUGCAAGAGGAAGAGAACAUACUUCAUUCAGCACAUUUGCCAUGUGAAUGAAAUGCAACACCAACAUAAGUGUAAUCUCAUCGAGGAAACAGUUAAAUAAAGAUAUGAUUUAUGUGGCGUGAAUAAAAUCAUGUUGUAUAUUUGAUGGAUAGGGUUAAAUAAAGGCUUCAGCAUGA